GAGAAAGAGUAGGAGAGAGAGAGAGAGAGAGGAGAGAGAGUCACAAGGAGCAGAGCCUCUCUGUUCUUUCUUCUUUCCCCCCUCUUUUUCUCCGAUUGAUUACUGCUUUUCUUCGUCUUUUGCUGAGAUGAUUUCCUUAAACGGGACCGCAAUUAAGAACUACUCACUCUCUGGGAUUUCAAGAUGCUGGACCCAGUCACAUGCUCAGCGGAGAUUUUUAUCUCCGACGGUGGUAGCCGCCGUCAGCUCCAACGGCAGACCCGGAGACAGAAAUGCGAGCGUCGUGAUAGAAAGCGCUCUCAAGGAGGUGGCGGAGACAGCUCCUAUAGUGGCUGUGGAGACCAAAUCCACCGUCACUGGCGGAGUUGGAGAUUUGUACGGCGAGGAUACAGCCACGGAGGAUCAAAUGAUAACCCCUUGGACCGUCUCUGUUGCAAGUGGAUACACGUUGUUGCGGGAUCCACACUACAAUAAAGGUCUUGCUUUUAAUGAGAAAGAAAGGGACGCUCACUACAUACGCGGUCUUCUACCUCCGGUGGUUGUCAGUCAUGAGCUUCAGGUUAAAAAGAUGAUGCACAAUCUACGUCAAUAUGAUUUACCCUUACAGAGGUACAUGGCCAUGAUGGAUCUUCAGGAGAUGAAUGAAAAGCUAUUCUACAAGCUUCUCAUCGACAAUGUUGAGGAGCUUCUUCCAAUUGUCUAUACUCCCACAGUGGGUGAAGCUUGUCAAAAAUAUGGAAGCAUCUUCAGGCGCCCCCAAGGACUUUUUAUCAGCUUGAGAGAACGGGGAAGAAUUCUUGAGGUGAUGAAAAAUUGGCCGGAGAAAAAGAUUCAAGUCAUUGUUGUCACUGACGGGGAAAGGAUUUUGGGCCUUGGUGACCUUGGUUGCCAGGGCAUGGGGAUACCUGUAGGAAAGCUCUCAUUGUAUACUGCCCUUGGAGGCAUUCGCCCUUCUGCUUGCUUACCCGUAACCAUUGACGUGGGGACAAACAAUGAGAAGCUUUUGAAAGAUGAAUUUUAUAUUGGCCUCAGACAAAGGAGAGCAACUGGACAGGAAUACGCAGAACUUCUUGACGAAUUCAUGGCUGCCGUGAAGCAGAUGUACGGGGAAAAAGUGCUUAUUCAGUUUGAAGACUUUGCAAAUCACAAUGCAUUUGAUCUUCUGGCAAAGUAUGGCCCUAGUCACCUCGUUUUCAAUGACGAUAUACAGGGGACAGCAUCUGUAGUCCUUGCAGGGCUUAUAGCAGCACUAAAGAAAGUUGGGGGUACAUUAGCUGAGCACACAUUUUUAUUCCUUGGGGCCGGAGAGGCAGGCACGGGUAUUGCCGAACUCAUUGCGCUUGAGAUGUCAAAACAGACAGGAGCUCCCCUUAAUGAAGCUCGGAAGAAAAUUUGGAUGGUAGACUCUAAGGGAUUGAUUGUUAGGUCCAGGGUGGAAUCACUUCAGCAAUUUAAAAGGCCGUGGGCCCACGAACAUGAGCCUGUAUAUGAACUUUUGGAUGCAAUCAAGACUAUUAAACCCACGGUCUUGAUUGGAUCUUCUGGAGCUGGAAGAACGUUUACUAAAGAAGUUAUUGAAUCUAUGGCCUCUUUCAACAAGAAACCCAUUAUUCUUGCACUCUCAAACCCAACAUCGCAGUCAGAGUGCACUGCAGAAGAGGCUUAUACCUGGAGUGAGGGCCGAGCUAUUUUUGCGAGUGGAAGCCCAUUCCCUACAUUUGAAUACAAGGGGAAGCUGUUUGCUUCUGGACAGGCAAACAAUGCGUAUAUCUUCCCUGGCUUUGGUCUUGGACUGAUAAUUUCAGGUGCAAUCCGUGUCCACGACGACAUGCUUCUUGCAGCCUCGGAAGCUCUAGCUGCAGAGGUUACACAAGAAAACUUUGACAAAGGACUCAUAUACCCUCCGUUUUCCAACAUCCGAAAAAUUUCAGCUCAUAUCGCUGCCAAAGUAGCAGCCAAAGCAUAUGAACUCGGUUUGGCUACACAUAUACCACAACCAGAGGACCUCGUUGCCUAUGCGGAGAGCUGUAUGUACAGCCCUUCUUAUCGCAGUUAUCGCUAAACGGAUGGAUAGAACAUGAACGCUUUUAUGCUUUGCUCGUUUCAGGAUUAGAGGUAGUGUUGUCGUUUGUUUUUUUUUUCUACAAAUUUUCCCUUCUUUGUGUGGAAAAUUUGUGGGUUCAUAUCUUCAUAAGCAGAAGGAGAAAAGAUUAAUUAGAUUGCAAAAUGUUGUGUUUAUGUAAAAGCAUAAAAUUAAUACUCUGUAGUUAAGUGUAUCACAUUUGUAACGUUCAAAAGAAAAGGAGCAUUUCUCAGUGUAAACUUUUAUGUAUGUGACAAAUAAUGCAUUCGUUUUAUU